GACGUGCUUUGCCUGCAGGAAGUGCGGGUCUCAGCAGUAAGUAAGAGGAAGGUCCUGCUGCAAGGCAUGCUGGAGCAGCUGAGCGACAAAGGCUACGACCACGUGAUGGCGGGUCAGCUUGUGAUCCUGUGGAACAAGUCCACUCUGGAGCGCGUCGACAAGAAGGGUGAGGGCGGUGCCGGCGGCGACGGUGGCAGUAGCGGCCGAAAGCAGCCCAACACCAGCCCAGACUACGUGUGGCACCGCCGAGAGAUUAGCGAGGCGGAGGCAUCGGCCGAUGAUGAACGCCUCAACAAGGCUUGGGGCACGGAUAAGGAGUUGAGCUCUGAGUAUGAAAACGCAUGUGGCCAGAUGGAAGCGUACCGCGACGAGCUGGAGGAGAGCGGGAGGAGAGCGGGAAAGAAAGGAAAGUCGAAUCAGGCGGACAAGCAGAAGGACGCCGAUGCCUUCUUCCGCUAUCCGCCCAUUACGGUGGUGCUGCGGCGGCGACCGGAGACAACUGGCUCCAACACCACCUACGUCAUCACCACCGCGCGCACGCCGGGCGCCACGAAGCCAAAGCAGCAUCUGGAGCAGCUGGCACGGGAGGUGGAGUGGCUGAUGACGCCGGAGCGGUACCGCCGCGUCAUCCAGCACAUGGAGCAGCUCAACAACUACUGGGACACGCAGCAGGGCAAGGAGCUGUACCCGGGUGGCCUGCUGCCCGCCGUGGGCAAAGGGCAUAUCGACGUUGUACACGUGGUGGCGGGUGACUUCAACACACAGAACUACGGCAAGGCCUUCAAAGCCAGCAAAUGUCAGCAGGCCGCCGCCAACACCGGUGAGGUUACUGACACUGAUAAAGCCGCCGCCAACACCGGCGCGGCCGCCAGCCCCGCCGGCGCGGCCGCCAGCUACGCCAGCACCGGCGCGGCCGCCAGCACCGGCGCGGACGCCAACACCGGCGCGGACGCCAACACCGGCGCGGACGCCAACACCGGCGCGGACGCCAACACCGGCGCGGACGCCAACACCGGCGCGGACGCCAACACCGGCGCGGACGCCAGCACCGGCGCGGACGCCAACACCGGCGCGGACGCCAACACCGGCGCGGACGCCAACACCGGCGCGGACGCCAACACCGGCGCGGACGCCAACACCGGCGCGGACGCCAGCACCGGCGCGGACGCCAACACCGGCGCGGACGCCAACACCGGCGCGGACGCCAACACCGGCGCGGACGCCAACACCGACGCGGACGCCAGCACCGGCGCGGACGCCAACACCGGCGCGGACGCCAACACCGGCGCGGACGCCAACACCGGCGCGGACGCCAACACCGGCGCGGACGCCAGCACCGGCGCGGACGCCAACACCGGCGCGGACGCCAACACCGGCGCGGACGCCAACACCGGCGCGGACGCCAACACCGGCGCGGACGCCAGCACCGGCGCGGACGCCAACACCGGCGCGGACGCCAACACCGGCGCGGACGCCAACACCGGCGCGGACGCCAACACCGACGCGGACGCCAGCACCGGCGCGGACGCCAACACCGGCGCGGACGCCAACACCGGCGCGGACGCCAACACCGGCGCGGACGCCAACACCGGCGCGGACGCCAGCACCGGCGCGGACGCCAACACCGGCGCGGACGCCAACACCGGCGCGGACGCCAACACCGGCGCGGACGCCAACACCGGCGGCAAGGCAUCCAAAACCGGCGGCAAGGCAGCCAGCACCGGCGGCAAGGCAGCCAAAACCGGCGGCAAGGCAGCCAAAACCGGCGGCAAGGCAGCCAACACCGGCGGCAAGGCAGCCAAAACCGGCGCGGACGCCAACACCGGCGCGGACGCCAGCCCCGCCGGCGCGGACGCCAGCUACGCCAGCACCGGCGCGGACGCCAGCACCGGCGCGGACGCCAACACCGGCGCGGACGCCAACACCGGCGCGGACGCCAGCACCGGCGCGGACGCCAACACCGGUGCGGACGCCAACACCGGCGCGGACGCCAACACCGGCGCGGACGCCAACACCGGCGCGGACGCCAACACCGGCGCGGACGCCAACACCGGCGUGGACGCCAACACCGGCGGCAAGGCAUCCAAAACCGGCGGCAAGGCAGCCAGCACCGGCGGCAAGGCAGCGAAAACCGGCGGCAAGGCAGCCAACACCGGCGGCAAGGCAGCCAAAACCGGCGCGGACGCCAACACCGGCGCGGCCGCCAGCACCGGCGCGGCCGCCAGCACCGGCGCGGACGCCAACACCGGCGCGGACGCCAACACCGGCGCGGACGCCAACACCGGCGCGGACGCCAACACCGGCGCGGACGCCAACACCGGCGCGGACGCCAACACCGGCGCGGACGCCAACACCGGCGGCAAGGCAGCCAAGACCGGCGGCAAGGCAGCCAAGAGCAACACCGGCAAGGCUAGCAAGGCCGCCGUUGGCCGCACAGCCGUCAAGACAGCAGCUGACGCUCGUGUCGAACAGUGCUUCCCCUACUUCCCCUGCCUGACGACGUCCUGGCAGCCCUUUCAGGGCACAAAGGAUGACCGCUCUGAGCCCAGCACUGCAACCAACCACGCCGAUGUGGUGUACGUGCUCAAGGACAGCCUGACCAUGGCGGGGCUGGUCAAUACGGGCUUCCAUGUCCUGCCUCUGGCCCGCACCGGGGGUAAAACGUCCAUGGGCGGCUCCGACCACAAGCCGCUGCUGGUGUCGUUCCGGGAGGCGUGCCAGCAGGCGAGACCAGUCCUACCGCUGGCGGCGGCGGCAGCAUCAGCUCUGCAGUUGCGGUUGCAGGCGGGAGUAGAUCAGGUGCUGCGGGAGGAUGUCCGAACACAGGACAGGAUGCGCGCGGAGGUGUGCGCGGCAUUGGGGCAGCUCGAACAGGCGCUGGCAGCCCAGUCCCUGAUUGGACAUGCAAGCUGCCCCUCGGUGCCUGUGACGCCGAGGCGAUGACGCGGCUUGGCUAAAUAAUCAGCAAUAAACAUGGAGAUAUGUGGGGCGGACAUUAUCGAGGUGUUAUUCGGAAGGAGUGUUAGUUGGGGUGGACUGAUGCGGGAUUGGGAAGAGACGGUGGCGCCAGUGCGCGCCAGGCAGGAGUCCCGCAGUAGCGUGGCACAGCUGGGCGUCCGCCGAGUGCCCCUCAGCAGGUGCUCUGCUGUUGAGCGGAGAGGAUGGCAAGCACAUGGCAUGAUGGCACUGGUUUGCAACCUUGCACGUAUCCAAGCAGGCACCCUGAGCCGUGAGCCCUGGUGCGGUAUCUGAUCAGCUGGCCCCAGUGCUCGUUCUUCUAUCUACACGUGCGUAACAAUUUGCCCAGAAACCCGCCGAAGGCUACUGUGAAAGGUUUUAAAAUUUUGGGCCGUGCUUUUAUAGCGCAGAUUUGAGGUUUAGGGCCUAGUUGCCCCCUGGCCGGCGCUUUGAGUGAUUACCAGUAGACCUUAUGUGUCCAGGUCAAUCGCAGCAGUAGACAAAUGGAAGGCGAGAUGGGGUGCUGCGUGUUUGUGAUUGUGGGGCUGGGUUUGGCCUACGCCAUUAGGGACCAGGCAUACAUGCCAUGCAAGCGUAAUGAAUUGUUGUGCGCCGUUGCCGGUGCGUCUCGUCAUUCACUGGCAGGCACUGCCCGGGUACGAGUAAGAGGGCGGUUGACAGCAUAUGAACUUAGGUAGGAGUGGGAAGUAACGCAACGGUUGAGAACUGGCGAACUGCAGGUGGUUUGUGUGGAUUGCAUCUCAGUUGUGUGGAGAGGUUUGGCGUCUGUGGAGGUUUUCUGGCUCUGGCAUCACCUUCGCCUGCAGUGCGUAGGCGAAUGAAGGAGCGUGUUGUAAGCACUGGGCAGCUGGUCAUGCGGGUGCUGAGGAGGAGCUGCGGUGGUGGCCUGUAUGUGCUUUACAUGUGUGUGUUCAGGGGAGCUUGGGGGCCAGGUCCAGGUUCAUAGGCAGGCAGUUGGCUUGCCCUGCCAGGUGUCGAGCGUGGGGUGUCGGGCAGGGGGCCGCCCAUGCAGCCCCAUAGUCCCGCAACACCGGCCCUGGCCCGGUGGCUUCGGAGCGCGUUCACGCAACCAAACUCAACCACGGGGCAUGAGUUACCAGCCGUUCACACGCAGCCGCUGAAGCUAGCUCAUUCAAGGCCCGCUCGACUUAGUCCACCGAGCGUCCAGCCAGCUGGGACAGACCGCACUCGCCCCCAAAGUCGCCAUCGACAGCUGUCGACCCAAGCAGUCGACUGUCCGCAGUCCGCCCUCUGGCCCUGGCGAGGGGCCGUCGCUAAAGCGCCUUCAACCGUCAGCCCCUGGUGGCAGCCCUAGUACGAUACGGCAGUCAAGCAUCCCGUUCCAACACCUGUUCAUG